CUGCCUGCGACAAAGUUGAGUUAGUCACGGAAGCCAGGCUAGCUAACCCAAUAAGGUGUGUUGUUGCUUUCUUGACCAGAAUGGCUCCAAAGAAAGGAAAAAAAGUUGUAAAUCAAGAAGAACUCCGGCGACUGAUGAAAGAAAAACAAAGACAAACAUCCGAAAAGAAACGCGUCGAGUCUCCGUAUGCCAAAUAUAACAGUUUGGGCCAUCUGAGUUGUGUGCUGUGCAACAUGCAGGUGAAGUCUGAGCUGCUGUGGCCCGCACACGUCCUCGGAAAACAACACAAGGAGAAAGUUUCUGAGCUGAAGGAAGCCAAACAAACACUGCAGAGUCAACCGGUGAAGCGGAAGGCACCCAACGACGAGGACGUCAGCGGGAAGAAGGCAAAACCAACGCCGGAGGCAGGUCAGUCCGCCUCGGCUGUACCUGCAGAUUUCUUCGAGAAGCCUGAUUCUGCAAAGUCAUCCGGUAUUAGUUUACUAGCUGGAGUCUAUGACGACGACGAUGAAGAUGAAAAGGAAGCGACAGAGGAGGCCGGGAAUACAAACGCCGCUCCUCAGACAGCAGAAGCAGCCGGACUGCCUGCAGAUUUCUUUGACAGCUCCAUCCCCCCAGCUCCCGCCGUCUCCCACUCGGGCUCCAUCCUCAAAGCGGAGGUGCCGGAGAAAAGCACCGAGAAGAAAGACAGCACAGCCGAAGCACUACCUGAGGGCUUUUUCGACGACCCAGUGAGAGACGCCAAGGUGCGCAACGUGGACGCACCCAAAGACCAAAUGGACAAGGAGUGGGAAGAGUUCCAGAAGGAGAUCCGUCAAGUGAACACAAAGUCGGAGGCCAUUGUUGCUGAAGAUGACGAGGAGGGCCGUCUUGAGCGUCAGAUCGACGAGAUUGACGAACAAAUUGCGUGUUACAAAAGAGUGGAGCUCCUGAGGGACAAGAGGGACGUGGUGAAGAGAAGGUUUCAGUUGAGGAGCAAGGAGGAACCCAUGGAGACUGAAGCCAGUAUGGAGGAGGAAGAAGAGAAUGAGGAAGAACUGCUUGGACUCCUGUCUCAGGACUGGAGAGCCAAAGGGGCAUUGGUGUAAAUCAUGUUCACACUGCAAGAAAAACCCACCAUUGACUCAAGUCUGUUUUUCUUGGUUUACCUAUGAAUUAAAUAUCAUGCACCCUCUCAAAUACCUGUAGCAAACAAGCUGACAACAAAUGAAAGAUUUAACUCUUUAUUCAUUGGUCACACACAAAAGACAAAAUCUCAUUGUAGCAGCAUAUAGACCAACAGCUUUCAUAAUAGCCCAAUGUUGCAUUCUGAGCUCAUUUUCCCGCACUACUACUUCGUAGUCGACAAUUUUAGCUUCAUAAAUAAAUUGUACAUUAUCAUAAGCAACUUGCAAUGCACUACUGACUUUGUUAAAAACAUAAGAUGCAAAUUUAACAAAUUCACAAAGCAAAUUUAACUCAUCCAACAUCCUGAAUAAGAAAUUGAGAAACUUUUUUUUUUUAACAGAGUAUAACUUGUGUAAAUACACCAUUAAACAUUCAGUUAAAUGGAUUAAAAGAGUGAUGUCAGUGCUUCUUGUACUACCUGUUACUACAAUAGUCGUCAUGCUGUUUCUUAUUAUUGCUACAUAUGCAUCUAAAGUCUUAAGUGUUUCAAAGUGUACAUAGCCCUUCAAAUCUUGCUUAAUGGCAAAAACAACAAAGUGAAAGCAGGGAGGAAAAACAUUACAUUAAAUAUAAUAAUGGAAAAGCAUACAAAAUUGCCCACUGAUAGGAUCACUCAAGUGUUUCAGCAAAGAUAGGAAACAGGCUAAAAACUGAAGCUAAAGAUAAGAAAAAACACCAAAUCUGCUUCUAGUAGUAGUCAUUUGUAAACAUUCGUAAAAGUCCAAAAUACAUGUUACUCUUUGUACCAGGUGAGUGUUAGGGGUAGCAUCGAAAACAAAAAAGCCUGAUUGGAUGGAAAAACAAAUGU